CACGCUUCAUUACAGUGCGAUCAGGGCGCUGAGCUGAAGGAGCGGCGCGGAUGACGCGCUGACGGGAAGAGAUGGGCGCCGCUCGUGGCCUGUCGCUGACGCGCCGCGGUCUUUGCCCGGUGCUGCUCGUGCCCGUGGUGGCGGCCGCGCUCCAGAUGUGCGCAGCCUUCAACCUGGAUGCGGAGACUCGCGUCGUGUUCAGCGGUCCGCGGGGAAGCUACUUUGGUUACUCUGUGGACUUUUUCGGCAACUCAUCCAGUAUCAGUACAUUGAUCGGUGCUCCCAAAGCCAACACCAGCCAGCCCAGCAUCACUGAAGGAGGAGGUGUGUACUUGUGCUCCUGGAGCCAGACUAACUGCAGCAUUAUCAACUUUGACCAGCAAGGUGAUCGUUUUUUUUCUAUAAACGAUGUGGACACUCAGGUUGAGUUCAAGUCAAAUCAGUGGUUUGGAGCAACGGUGCGUUCCCAUGGUAACAGCGUCCUGGCUUGUGCCCCCAGGUACUACUGGAGGACGGAGCAUGACACUCCCUUUGCUGAUGUUACAGGAACGUGCUACCUCUCUGUGGACGCCUUCAGAACGUUUGUGGAGUUUGCUCCUUGCCGAACAGAACGACAUGGACCUGCUGGACAGGGAUAUUGUCAGGGAGGCUUUAGUGCUGACUUCACCAAGGAUGGGAGGGUUGUGCUUGGAGGACCAGGAAGCUUUUACUGGCAAGGUCAGCUGAUCUCUGCCACCACAGAGGAGAUUGUAAAAGCCUACUACCCUUCCUACUUCCUUCUGUCAGUCACCGGGCAGAUCCAGACCCAACCGGUGCAGGGGAACUAUGACGACAGUUACCUGGGUUACUCCCUGGCCGGGGGUGAGUUCAGUGGGGAUGAGCAGGAAGAUUUCAUCACAGGAGUUCCCAAAGGACUCAUGCUGUAUGGUUUCGUGUCUAUAUUAGAUGGAAGGGACCUGAAGUCUCUACUCAACCUGACAGGGGAGCAGAUGGGCUCCUACUUCGGCUACGCGGUGGCAGUCACUGACAUCAACAACGAUGGUCUAGAUGACCUGGUCGUUGGGGCACCGAUGUUCAUGCGCCAGGGCUCUAGUGGGCGUCUGGAGGAGCUGGGUAAGGUGUACGUGUACCUCCAGAGGGGCCCUUUGCUCCUUGAGCCAAGCCAGAGGCACCUCCUCGGCCCACAGGCCUUCAGCCGCUUUGGCACGUCGCUGGCUCCACUGGGGGACCUCAACCAGGACGGGUUCAGGGACGUGGCCAUCGGCUGUCCCUAUGGAGGAGCCGACCAGCAGGGCGUGGUGCUCAUUUAUAAUGGUUGUGCUGGGGGACUGGUGGACUUCCCCACUCAGACACUCUCGGGCCAGUGGGCCUUCGGCUCUAUUCCGGCCGGCUUCGGCUUUGCAUUACGAGGCAACAAAGACGUGGAUCAGAAUGGCUACCCAGAUCUAGUUGUUGGGGCGUUCGGGGCUGAUAAGGCAGUGCUAUACAGGGCACGGCCAAUCGUCAGCGCCACAGCCUCCCUCACAGUGCAUCCCUCCAUGUUCAACUACGAGGACAAAGGCUGUGAGCUCGAUGCUGGGGCUGGAAACAUUGCUGUGUCUUGUGUCAGCAUCUCUUACUGUCUGAUGGCGGAUGGGAAGCACCUCUCUUCUCAUCUAGAAUUCCAGGUGGAGGUUCAGUUGGACAGUGUGAAGCACAAUCAGAAGGAAUCUGUCAGGACUCUGUUCCUGGACAGCAAGCAGCCCAGGCUGAUGCAGAGCCUGAGUCUGACCAAGGGGGAACACCAGUGUCACAACACCAAGGUCUACUUACGGGGUGAAGAGGAGUUUCGGGAUAAACUCUCUCCCAUUUUCAUUAGCCUUAACUUUAGUCUGGAUCCUCAAGCCCCCGUAGACCAACAUGGUCUCAGACCAAUCCUUAAUUUUCAAACGGAACAACGUAUUGAGCAGAAGGCCCACAUUCAACUCGACUGUGGGGAAGACAACGUCUGCAUCCCUGACCUUAGUUUGUCUGUUUAUGGUGACAGGACAGAGGUUUACCUGGGGGAUGACAACUCCCUGAGUCUCACCUUCGAUGCCAGGAACGAGGGAGAGGGGGGAGCAUACGAGGCCGAGCUCUACGUGGAACUUCCUUCAGAGGCCGACUACAGCGGGAUAGAAAGGAGCGAUGAGGGUUUGAGUCAGCUGACGUGCAGCUACGAGGCAGAAAACCAGACCCGCUGUCUGGUGUGUGACCUUGGAAACCCCAUGAAGCCCAGCACCAGUGUUAGAGCUGGGCUCCGGUUUACUGUGCCCAGACCGAAGGAUACCAACCGCUCUGUGCAGUUUAGGAUGAAGAUACGAAGCAAAAAUGCAAAUAACUCUGAGAGUGAAUGGGCGUCCUACACGCUAGAGGUGGCUGCUGUGGCCAGUGUCCUUCUGCAGGGUGUCUCUCACCCAGACAAGAUCAUUUUUCCUCCUCCCAACUGGACUGUUCACCAGAGUCUGACGGAGGAACAGGAAGUUGGGCCUGAGUUUCAGCAGGUCUAUGAGCUGGUAAACAAUGGUCCCAGUGCCAUCAGCCAGUCCACGUUAGAAGUGAGGUGUCCUCUGAGGGCUCGUGGCCACGAGCUGCUCUACCCUUUGGGGAUGGUUACUGAGGGGCCACUCGCCUGUUCCUCUCAACCAGCCUUUAACGCACUGAAACUCAAAGUGAGGCCACAGAAUCCAGCAGCAGAGGCUCUGAUGGAAGUGAAGUCCAACACACAGCACCACAUCCAGAGGAGGGAAGACAGAGAUCCUCUGGCUGAACAGAGAAACUUGACCUGCUCUACAAUGCAGUGCUGGCAGCUGGUGUGUAAUGUCGGCCUACUGAAGCGAGGAGGACGAGUCAUCUUGACAGUUCGCUCCAGACUCUGGGCUGAAACCUUCAUGGAGAAGCCCUACGUGAAAAAGCAGUAUGUUCUGGAGUGCUCAGUUCACUACAAGCUGGACAGGAUGCCUUAUUCUAUAGCACCACGGUUCAAACCUUCGGAAUCCAAAAAGGUGCUGACGGCUGUGGUGUGGAACACACCAGACAGUUUGCUCCCGGUGCCGGUGUGGAUCAUUAUUCUGGCCAUCUUGGCUGGGCUGUUGUUACUCUCCCUGCUCAUAUAUCUGCUGUACAAGAUAGGCUUCUUUAAAAGGUCUGGUCCAUAUGGUACUGCCAUGGAAAAAGCCAAACUCAAACCACAGGCCUCUUCCGAGGCUUAGGUCCAGGAAGGACUCUUCCAAACAACCUUUCCCAGCAGGGGCACAUACGGGUGCUGUAUCACUGGAAUCCAAAGUAGCUGAGAGCUGCAGGGGUCAUGCAGCUAAAUAUGCACUGCUGCUCUGGACGUGGUUACCAUGAAGAUGAACAGAAUCCUGUCACAUGUGGUUUACAGAAAACCAGCUUCUCAGCUUGUCUUUAAGCUACUGUGGCCACUGUCUGUUGAAUGUUGUACUGUACUGUCUCAGGAUGACCCUGAUCCCACUGCAGCGUGAACUGGAGUCAUUGUUUCUCCCAUGUUGGGAGGUUUUGUGAGCGGCUUGUCAUGUAUAUUAUGUUCUCACUGUCCAGAGCCUGUUUUUGUUGUAAUAAAGCCUCUUUUUGUAUACUC